UUUGAAAAUAAAGGCAAGAAAACAAAAUAUAGGAAAUGGUGGACCACCAGAACUGCGAAGGUGGUAGGAAUAUCGGAAAGAGGACACGUCACCGCCUGGUGGUUCACUCCAAUUGGCUGAGAACAACAGAUGCUGUGAAGCAGAUUCAGAAGAAAAAAGAGUCUCCCAAGAUGACUUCUCACUUGAUGCCUACUCUUGAAGAGAAAGAUUCUGUUCCAAAGAAAGCAGGAGGUGUGGAGGAUGUGCAAACACCAAGACCAGCAGAACUAGACUUACAAAUGACACCAGAGGAAGAGCAAGAAAGGCUUGAUGGAAGUGCAGAAAGGGAACCUAAGGCUGAUGAGAGAAGAAAGAAACAGAGCAGUAAUGAAAUGAGUAUAUCAGAAAUCCUGUGUGAUGGUGCUGCUGCUCCUGCUGGUGAGGAUGGCCGUGGAGUAUUUCAGCAGAGUGCAAAAGCUGAUGCGCUCCUAAUCCCUACUAAGGAGCACGAAGAGCAUGAUGGGAGUACAAAGACAACAUCCAAAGAAAAGAAAGAGAUUUCUGAUAGCCGUGACAGAGAAAAAAGAUCUACUGGAUCACAAUUGCAAGUUGGAGAAUGAAAUUGCUACACUAAGACUUAAAAUGAAAACAAUAAAAAAAAUCAUAUCCAAAAAAGGGAAAAGAAAUAUGUUGAGGACAUUCAAAUUCUAAAGGAAAAGAAUGACGACCUUCAAAAGAAAAUAAAACAGAAUGAGGCAACAAUAGGACAAACAAUAGCCAAUAGCCUGUUAUAGUGGACGGCUGGUUGUUCUGUCAACUGAGAAUGCUAAAUUCUGAACUGGAGAGUGAAAAGAAAAAGAAGGAGAGACUGGAAUCUGAAGUUGAGUCAUACCGUGCUAGACUGGCUGCUGCUAUACAAGAGCGUGAUCAGACAUCAAAAAGAGACCUAGAACUUGCUUUUGAGAGAGCACGAGAGGAGUGGUUUCAUUCAAAUGAGAAAAUCAAUUUAGAUGCCUCAAACCUGAAAGAGAACAAUGAGCGUCUCUCUCAACAACUUUCUGAAAC